UAUUUUCUGUUCUGUAUAGCUUUGUGGCUGUGACGUCAUGUCGCUCUUGUGAAAUUUGCUGCAAGCACAAUCGUGUCUGGCUGCUGAGUCACACGGGGGGAAUGUCGCUGGCACGGCACUAUACCGCCGCUCCUGAACGCAAGUUCAGUUGAUUUCCAACCACCGAACAUUAAGCAACUGCUACGCAAUGGCAUCUGAUAGUGUCGUGUCCUUAAGAUGGCAUCGGUUCGAUAAUGGGAAAACAAUUAAGCAGCCAUUAGCCGGCAUGCUGCUGGCCGUGUUGUUCGGUGUGGAGCAGAACCUCCGACUAGUCUUUCUUUUGCGGUGAAACAGCAUGACAUCGGCCAUAGAUGUAACGCAUAGGCGUUUGGUGAAAGUAUUAACCAUUACACUGAUUGUGUUAAUGACUGCCUUUGGACUGCUGGCCAAUCGCUAUGAUGAGCGCCACCGGGAACGCUUCAAGCUCUCAAAGGCAUAUCUGGCGUAUGCCAUGCUGUGGACCAUCGCCUUUGCUGGCAUCUAUGGGCAUCAGAUAUACCAGGACUAUGUGCAGGGGCAGCUCAACCUGCGCGAUGCCGUGAGCCUGUAUGGUUACAUGAACAUUAUAGUGGCUGUUAUCAACUAUGUCACACAAAUGUUAAAGCACGACGCUGUGGCGAAGAAUAUGAGUCAAGUGCCAUUGUUUGAGACCCUCAAAAUGUUCCAUUUGGACAACACAUCGCUCCUUCGAUCGAUUGCCAUGGCUAUGGUGAAGUCAGUCGGUUUCCCCCUGAUACUGGAGACAGCCCUCAUACUGCAGCAGCGGCGACUGCAGCCGGAUUUGAGUUUAAUUUGGACCGUGUACCGUCUGAUGCCUCUGUUCAUCUCAAAUCUGCUUAACAACUGCUACUUUGGUGCCAUGAUUGUGGUGAAGGAGAUCCUGAAGGCGCUCAAUGAGAGACUGGAGUCGCAACGCCAGCUGGUGAAUCUGAUGCAGAGGGAGGAUCAGCUAAAGCUGAACACUGCGUUCUAUCGCAUGCAGAGAUUCUGCUCAUUGGCGGAUGAACUGGACAUACUGGCCGACCGAUACAUGGUGAUCUAUGUACAUUCCGACAAGUACUUGUCGCUCAUGUCACUGUCGAUUAUCCUGUCGUUGAUCUGCCAUCUGCUUGGCAUCACGGUGGGCUUUUACAGUCAGUACUAUGCCAUGGCGGACACAUUCAUUGGUGGCAAGCCGUACGACGGCCUGGGAGCGCUCAUAAAUCUGGUCUUUCUGCUCAUAUCGUUCACCGAAAUCACAAUGCUGGCACACUUGUGCAACAACCUGCUCGUGGCAACUAGGAGAACAGCCGUCAUACUGCAAGAGAUGAACCUGCAGCAUGCCGACUGCCGGUACCGCCAGGCUGUCCAUAGUUUCACCCUCCUCGUGACAGUCAGCAAGUUCCAGAUAAAGCCAAUGGGUCUGUAUGCGCUGGACAUGCAGCUGAUCAUAAAUGUGUUUUCCGCCGUCUCUAGUUUUUUGCUGAUACUCGUGCAGGCCGAUUUGUCGCAUCGCUUCAGAAUGUACUAGCACUCACCUGGCUAAACUGCAUCAGAUUUCCCGACUGCACAAAAUAAAAGAAUAUUGCU